AGGCAGUGAAAAAAAUAUCAAAAAAUAAUAAAAAAUGUGAAAAAGAUACUCGCAGAGAUUUUAAGAAGUAAAUUUAUUGAAAAAAGAAGAUUAAAGCAUAAAGAAACGAGAUUUGAAGCAUUCAACAAGCCAAUAACAUUUCGCGAAUUAAAAGUUCAAUAAUUGUUAGAUUUUUGUUUUCGGUGGAAUUGAAAAAUCCACACGAGCGAUCGAGUGAAAGAGAUUUAAAUUUGAUAAAAUAAUAAUAAAAAAAAAUCCAGUGUCUUCAACAUAAAACAAAAACAAAGAAUAAAAUAAAAAAAUCUACAAAAAAGGAAAAUAGUUUGUACAUAAAAAUCAUUAUCAAGUGAAAGCAGAAGCCGUUUUUUGACGUAGACUAAGAUUGGAAACGGAGAAGAGUUGAGAAAUAAACAAAUAUGGAUGCACAGCAUAUUUUGUGGAAUUUAUUUUCAAAAUAAAAACAUACGGCAGCAGAAGUUCAACGACACAAUUUUUUUUAUUUGCAAAAUAAAAUUUCUUUUAACUGUUUUUGUGUGUGUGGGUUGAAGUAGCUAGUUCGGGCUACUCAAAAUCCAAACAACAAAAAAAAUCAGCAUAAAUAAUGAGCACAAAAUCGAGUGGACCACAACGAUGUCGCCUCAUUUUACAACAGUGCCUUGCCAUACAGCUCUGCAAAGCUGGAAAUACGCCAGAAGAUUUUUGGAUGUACGAUUCGGGAUAUAUGAUAUUUCAGAAUUUUCUAGCGGCAAACUCACAAUGUUGGUGGAAUACUCCACUAACGGCAGCAACGAGAGCACUUAAAUAUGCUGGUCACGUUGCGCCGGGUAUGCUACUUGUGACAGCUGAACCAUGCGCUUUAGAGAUUCUGCGCGGUGCCUAUGCGAGGAGUGUUUUGAAGCCACCGGCAACAUACACUAUUAGUUCUGUUGGCGACAUUGAUGAUUGUAUUGUAACGCCAAUUCAACAGACUCAAUUUACACCUUUAACAGAGGCCAUUUGUGAUGUCAUCAUGGAUGUUACAUCACGCGGUCAAUCAGCGACACUAGAUACAAUCAAAAAACAUCUUGCCAUACGUUUCUCACACAUGCAGCAGCCAUCAAAUGACAUCAUUUAUGAUACACUCGUGCAAUUGCAACAGGAGCGUAAGAUUUAUCAAACGUCUAAGGGGUACUUUAUUGUCACGCCUGAACGUCGUCGAAGUCGGUCGAGAACGUCACGCAAUCAGAGAUCAAUUGAUGAAGAUCUAAUGGAGGACUUAAAGUCACCACACGAGUCACGCACAAUUUUAAUGAGUAAUUCUGAGGCCCUUCAUAGCCUCUACGGUGAGAUUGCGACAAUACGAGAUGGUGAUUUGACACAUCAAUGCAUUCAAACGAAUCUCGCUGAUGUCAUAUGUGGCGGUAAUCCAAAUGAUAAAAUUUUAUACCCGCGCUCAUCAAAGCGACGAAGUGCCUCAUUUCCAACGCCUCGUAGUCUUGAACGACGACAUAGUCUACGAUUAUUCGGCUCAUCGAAGCGAUUACAAAGAUGUCAAUCAACGCGUAGUCUCACAAAAAAUUCAACGCUACAGCCACAGAGUCAGACGAGUGCGACAAUUACGGUAACCGAUAGCAGUAGUUCGGAAUAUCAAAGUACGGACUCUUCGUCACCAAGUAAGACAAUUAUUGUUGACAUUGUUUCAACUCUUGAUGUUUCCAUUCAAUUCACAGAAAAAAGUGCCUCUCUACUCUCAAGAAUUUUCCGCCGAAGCUGUCGAACUCCGGGCAAGAAGAUUGAAACGUUUUCAGCACAAUUUCCGCCUCGUGAAUGGUUUAAUUCGAAGGCUGUACAUCUUAUUAAUGUUGGAACGCAAACACUUGAUCACCAUUACUUUAAGGUAACUAACCAUCCGAUAACAAUAUCCACUUUGAAAUUCCUUCAAAAAUUAACUAAUCAAAGAUUUUGUUCACAUCACCAUCCACAGGAUUCCUUAUCAAAUGCCUUAUCUACAAAUUCAACAUAUUAUGAUGGAUCAGAAAUUUCACAACGCUCCUUAACGAUCCCACGACGACACAACCACAAGAGAAAUCUGUCGAGUGAAUCAACAUUUCUAAUAUCAUCACGCGACUGCUCUCCCAUACGUCGACGAUCGCCGGCGAUUUGUUAUAGUGGAAGUCUACCGCGUUCAACACAUUCCAUACCUGGACGAUCGCCAAAGAGAACGCCGCUCAAUAAGCAAGUCGUUGAUGAAAAUUGUCGAACAAAAAGUGGUGAAAUUUAUCAUAAUAAAUGCACUGGAAAUGAUCCACAAUUGUCACAGACACAACGAUAUCAACCAAGUCGUGUAAAUAAUUAUAGUGGACCUUCGAGUCUUGAAAGUGGAAAGACUUCAUCAUUAGUUGCAUCCGGACCGUCCUCAAUCGACAGCGGAAAUAAGAGUCUUUCAUUGAGUCGCAAUAGUGGUCAUUCGAGUUUAGACGGUUCGUCGCAUGGCUCAGCAUCGACAGUCGCUCAAUCGCAAUCGAAUCAUAUUUUAUCCAAUUCCCCAAGAAGUUCUCCAAAGCAUCGAUUGUUAAAGACAAAUCAAGGUUCAUUGACCCCACCAACAAUAAUCCAGGCAUCACAGUCGAAACAAAAAGUAACAACAUCAACAUCAGCAAAUGGCAUUAAAUCGACAUCAUUUGAUGAGUCAUCAGACAAAACUAUGCCAAAUUCAAAUUCAAAUGGCUCAAUUACGCUUCAAGUCACUAAUAAUGCACACGGUUGCUCAGGUUUGCCUAACACUAAGAUAUUUGUACAAAAUUCACCCAUUCACACGUCAAUAACAUUCGAGAAUGGCAAGUUCAUGGAGAAUUCAAAUGUUUUUGUCAUUAAUAACGAGACAACAACAAACUCGAAAGGUGAGAUAAUUGCUAGUCGAAAAAGUUUAAUGAAUGGAAGUCCAUUGACGUCACCAUUAAAGCAACAACAACAACAACAAUAUAAUAAGAUGAGACCGCAAGCUGAGAAAGCACAGCAGCAGCAACAACAACAGAGGAAUUGUAAUAGCAGUGGCAGUAGUGCAACGAUAGGCAAAGAGAAUUGUUUUAGUGAGAAUGAUGAAGCAGCAAGUGAGACAGGUGAUUCUUUGUCAAUGAUUAGUGAAACAUCACCCGAUUCAAGUCUUAUACCAUACGCUGAUGAUGAUAUUGUUGACGAUGGAGAUACUAGAAGGCAAAAUAAUGUACAAAGUCCUGAAAAUCAUAAAUUUCCAAGAAAUAAUAUGAAUUAUGUUAAUAAUGAUGAGAUGAACAAUAGAAAACUUUCACUCCAAAUUGGGUCAUCGAUGACUGAUAAGAACAGCACCGGCAAUAGUGGAAACAGAAUGAUUUAUAAUAACAUACUAAAGAAUCAUUAUAAUCAACAGACAAAUGCAAUUAUUUCACCCGUCUAUCAACAUAAUAAGAUGAAUUUGUUCUCAUCACACGAUCAGCAACCGCAACAACAACAACAGGAACAAAGUCUUUAUGCAUCCGCUGGUAAUUUGAAAGACAAUAAACAGAUAAAUUCUGAUUGUGACUUGAAAAAUUCACUUUUAAAUUCAAAUCCAACAAUAAACUCCGACUCAUUGCUGAAUAUAUUCCAUAAGAAUAUUAUGGCUGUUGGCAGUGAGCCAAAUUUGAUUGCAAUGAAACAAAAUAAUAAAAUCAAUAAUUGUGUGAAAGAGGAAAAGACACCGACCUAUGAUGAGAAUGGACUUUACAACUUUCCAAGUCUCACCGAUUUGAGUUUCAAUUUUACGUCGCUUCAUGCAAAGAAAAUUCUUAAAGGUGGACUGAGUGUCAAUAAUAGCAUCGAUACGUUGGUGGAAUUGGAUAUUAAUAAGUCAAAUAAUAAGAGCAAUUCAAAUCUAUCGCCGUCGUCGACAAUUUGUACGGAUUUUGGAAUGGUCUAA